AUGGGAAAGAAAUCAAAGUCCCAGUCGGAAAAAGCUCCGCAGACCGAAAAGACAGAAACGUCUAUUCCUUUCUUAGCGGGAAAUGCCUCAGUUGACCCAACGUUGGCGUCCUUGUUUGAGACGAGCUCAGGCCCAGUAAAAGCGCCGUCAUUGCCCACAACUAGCAAUGCUGUUGAAAAACCCACCGCAGGUGACAAAACCAGUGAAGACGUGUCGGAGCCUGAAGAUGAAGACCAGGUUAUGCAGGAAGCAUCUGAAGCCUCGAGUGACGCUGGUGGUGAGCCAGCUCAGGUGGCUUCGGAGCCUCCCAGUCGGAAACGAAAGAGGGCUGCGGGAGAAGAUCUCGAAGAAUCCUACAUGCGUCGCAUAGCAAAGGAAGAACAGAAGGAAGACGAGAAGCGCCGUGUGGAAAAAGCAAAGAGGCAAAAGGCUGAGGGUGAAGAUGAGGAUGAGGAUGAAGCAACAUCUACCGAGAAAUCCGACGACGAGGAUGAGGAUAAAAGUUCCGACGAAGAUGCAGAGAUUGCGAUUCCCAAGCACGAAACUCUGACCGGCGACGCUCAGUCGUCUAAUAUUGACAAGUCUAAUCGCACGGUGUUCCUAAGCAAUGUCUCCAACGAAGCCAUCAAGUCUAAGUCUGCUAAGAAAACCCUUUUGAAACAUUUUGAAUCAUUCCUUUCUACACUCCCUGAAUCUACAGGGCCGCACAAGGUGGAAUCGAUCCGCUUCCGUUCUACGGCCUUCGCGAGCGGCGGAAAGGUCCCGAAGCGCGCUGCCUUUGCAAAGCGCGAGGUUCUGGAUGAAACUACUCCUAGUACCAACGCGUAUAUCGUUUAUAGUACGGUCCAGGCCGCUCGGAAGGCUCCUGCCGCCCUGAAUGGCACUGUCGUCCUGGAUAGACACGUGCGUGUUGACAGCGUCGCACAUCCCGCCCCGGUCGAUAAUAAACGAUGCGUCUUCCCGAAGAAGAAGAAGGCACCGGCCGAUGUUGAAGAAGGUCUUUGGCGGACCUUUAAUGCUCACACCACCAAACCCAAAGGUCAGACUACCCGCCAAGGUAAUGUCGAGUCUGUUCGAGUCGUUCGCGACAGUGUCACCCGUGUUGCCAAGGGAUUUGCCUAUGUCCAAUUUUACGAUCAGAAUUGUGUGGAGGAGGCCCUGCUGCUAGAUGGAAAGCACUUCCCGCCCAUGCUCCCCCGGAAGCUACGUGUCAUGCGAGCUAAGAAACAGCCAAAGAAACGUGAAGCCGGUGGUAGUACUCAAGGCAAAUCGCUGCGGGAGGCGGACAAGACCCUUCAAGGUCGCGCUGGCAAGCUUUUCGGCCGAGCGGGUGCGGCCAAGGUCAGGGCAGAUGCUACGAAAUCCAUUUCCAAGAACUCGUUAGUGUUCGAAGGCCACCGAGCGACGGAUGAUGGGUCAUCGCGCAUCCGCGUGAAGACGAAGAGUCGUGGCAGCAAAGGCAAGCCGAAAAACCGCAGCAGCAAACGAGCGGCGGCGUACAAGGCAGCGGGAGGGAAGAAGAGAAAGACUGAAUAG